AUGUAUGGACCGAAGGAACUCCUUGAAGAUUACUCUGAAGUAUUCAAAGCCAAGUUUCGGGCUUCAUCAAUUAAGUUGAUUGAGUAUAAGUAUGGAGUAGCGAGGUUUUCCGAAAUCGACGAGUUUUUUCAGUCACUUUUUCAGUUUAGUUCGAAAAAAAACAAUUCAAAUUUUAUUGAGGGUAUGCACUUUACUAACCUCCACUGGACCAAGCAUUCAAAACGAGCGAGAAACCGGAAAGCCUCGGAGAAGAAUUGACCGACGAAAAAUUUUAAAGGGCGGAGUCGUUUUUAAUAUGAACAACUAUAACCAGAAGCAGCAAAAUCAAAAUGAAAAAACACUUUUGAAUACGUUCGAUCAAACAAAUACUUCAACUUUAUACGAUUUUUUCGAACUUUUGGAACCAGGUAAGCUGUCCAAAAAAUUAAGAAAAAAGGUUUCUAGAAAUAGCAGAAUAUAGAUUUGAUCCCAGUUUUAAAAUUGGUGUUAGAACGUGGAGAAUGAUUUCAUUAAGCUCUUUUUCAUGUGAAGAACUUCCCAGUAUAAACUGAAAUCAAUUGCUCAAAAGUUUCCAGAGAGAGUAUUUUCUUUUUCCAGGCGCACUUCUCCCUCAGUAUCUUAUCCUGUUUCUGUUAGCCACCUUUAAUUGUAGGUAAGCAGCCCUCCAAAAACUCUACAAAAAAUGUGUCUUAUCACGAUAGACUAGCGUUGGUUGGAUUAUAUGACGUCUACUUUCAUGCACAAAAAGAAAAAAACAAAAGUAAUAAAAAAGAUAAUCGGAUAGUAGAGUGCAAAACGGAGGAAAUCAAUAAAAGGAAUUGAGGAUUGCGGAGUCGGUGCUCGGUGGACAGGAGCCGCGGCGGCCGGAGGGGACAAACAAUUUGGGCCUCCUCGCCUCUGAAACUCGCCGGAUGGUCAGAGCCGACCGUCCGUCCGGCAAACACGAAACGCUCACCGCCGCUCACGGCUCCAUCCACAACUCGCCAGGUUCCAGGCAAUGCGUGUCCUUGUUUGUACGUCUUUUUGCCGCCUUUUUUGGAGCUCUUCCGCCAACAAUCUUUUCAUCGCAUCCCACAUCAUGUGAUGACGUGAGAUGACAACCAAACACUCCAAAAGCCCAAAGUUAGGUUUUUCUUUGGGGAAAGCAUCGAACACUUUCGGUUUCGAAAUUGCAUGAAAGUGUGGCGACUUUAUGCAUAGGUAAGCGCAGAAUCGAGAAAUAGAUGUUGAGUUGACCAGCAGAAACACCAAAAACAACAAUCUUCCGCCAAAGCUUAUUACUUUACGAAUCCAACAUUUUAUCAAACUAGGUCCUCGAUAAUAAAAAAUGGCUUCUGAUACUCUAGAAAGGAAUAGAAAAAGUUGGCGGACGCCGAUAGGAUUCUAUCCUUUUAAGCUUCGCAAAAAAACUGUGGUAAUUUACUGAGAAAAAAUGAGGUGAAAAAAUUAGAUCGUCAAAAUUAGCAAAAAUUUUACUGACACACCAAGGACGGUAUUAGCUGAAUCAAAUUAGAAUUCAUCUCGGAGGGAAGAAAGUUGAAAUCAUUCACACCUUUCUCAAACUCAUUUUUGAAAUUUCAAGUCGGGAUUGACCAUGGAGCAUUAAAAAAUAAGAAAAAUCUCCGCCAACUACGGCUACAUUUGCCUGAAUCUUAUAGAAGCUGUUCACUGGGUAUAUUUUUGGAAAAAAAAAGUGUUGCGAAGGCUCAAUUACUCAUUAUAGCAACUUGACAAGCAGGGCAGUCAAAAAUGGCUAAUGACAUGCUCUGAGAGAGUUUCACAAAUCCUAUCGAAGAAAAUUUCCCGACAACGCGAAAAUUCUGUCAGCUGUGCGGUAAUAACACCUUCCUAAAAGUUAAAAGCAAUUUGAUAUUUUAAUUAUUUUCAAUAGCUCUUUCGAUCUAAUUUUUUUUCCAUUAGUAACUUUUUUGAUCAAAUUACAAAAAAAAACGGCAGAAAAAUAGAAAAAGCCAAUCGAUUUAUACGCGAAGAGAAAGUCAAUUUCGCCGAGGGGAUCGUGUGAAAAUGAGGAGAAUACGAUUGACGCUGGUCAAGAACACUUCCACGCAAUUCUCCUAACGGCCCUCGUGAAACUAUCGAAAAUCAAGAAAAGAAGGAUCUUGGCGACAGAUUUUUGAGCUGGCUGCCGUAUCCUAUGCUUUGAUACAAAGCUUUGAGGCAACGCCGAGGGUAAAAAUGAACCAGUUUGGCAAUAGAAAGAUCGAAGUUGGAAUGAAGCGGCGGUGGCAUAUGUACGACAAGAUGAAGAAGACGUCGAAUGAGGUUGGCAACGUCUUCCGACUAGAUUUUCUGGUGGUUUUUUGGGCAUCGCGCACACAUUCGACGGUUUUUAGGCCACAGAAUAACGGAAGGCAGGUGUGAAAGCUAAUACGUUUCUGCGUGACAGCCGAGAAUAAAAGACUCAUAGUUCUCCAACAAUAUUCUUUUCGAAAUAAUAUUUUGAAGAAGUAAAAGGCGGAAGAAAUACGAGGUUCCACUGACAAAAACAAGCCCGUAAAAAGAUGGAAAGCCAACAUGACGAAGGGAAAACGAACACACAGUCAGAUUUGGCAGUUGCAAAUCCAGCACGUCUGACUGACUGCAUAAGAGGCAGCCCGCAACCUCAAGUAGACGACAAUUGGCUGAGAUUUUGCAGUGAAAUUCGGCCUCCGGCGCCGGUUUUUCACGCCGCCAGCCAACCUCAAAAACCCGCAAAAGCUCAGUGGAAAAAUAUACCGCGCAUGGUUUCGAAGAGGAAAAGUCAGAAGGGGUUUUUGAAUGGUUUUGACGGGUGCUGGCGAGGAAAUCUAAUCCGAGUCGUUGCUUCGCGGCAUUGAAGGAAAUGAAGCGCCUGCGGACUGGGAAAAGUUGGCUUGCGUUAAAGAGAUUGAAACAAAACAAAGCGACUGAACAACUUUUGGCAAGUCAGAAUAUCUCUCUUUCGAGCUGAAGUCAUUCCCAAAACUAUAUCGACCGAGAAAAAAAAAUGAAUAGAAUGCCAUGGUUACAGCGACAAUAAUAAAUUUGAAAUGCAUCAAGAGAUUUUUUUUUCACCAAGCUAAGAAAAUAGUGGAACAUUCCCAGAGGCUAAUUCAUUUUCCUAAUUUUCAAGAGCAAUAAAGUGAUGGGAAAAAAACUUUCUCAAACCGUUGUGAACGGAAGUAAGAAAAAAAAAGACUCAUAAUGAGAGCUAAUUUUAGCAAAAGUAGUCGACGUUUGAGGAAAAAAAAACAAUCAAAACAAAGCUGACUGUCAGUUUAGGCAAAUUGAAGUGCUUCGAGCGUCAGAAAAGAAUUUCCAAAAGAACUUUUUGCGAAAAAAAAAAAAACGAUUCUGUUGGCAAGGUAAACGAAACGCAAAAAUAUGAAGAAUCAAAAUAAACAUGCAGAAAGCUCAGCGAUUGAGGCUUUGGGCAAACAUUAAAAAGGAAAUUUUCCGCGAAACGUCUUUUUUGACUUUUUCACGCCAUUCAGGUAUCAUACGUAACACUAUGGAGUGUUCAACAAUAAAUUUAAGAGUAUGAAAAUAGAUUCCCAGAAAGGAAGCAUACACGGCUGUGAGAAAUUCAAAAAAAAGUAUCUUGAUUAUUAAAUUUGAGAAAAAAAAGUCGGAAACAUAAACUUGACUUUUUUCAUCCUGAAGCUUUUUGGAAUCCAUAAAAAGGGUAAAGGUGAAGAGAACACUGCGUGUCGCGUAAAAGAGUGCGCAGUCGGGCGGACCGCAAACAAAGUAUCAAUUAAGAAGGUGAGGGGCGUCCCAUCCGAAAGAGACGAUUCUAGAGGCCGGCCUGGAAGCGUCCGGCCGGUCGUCUCAAGCUUCGCCGACUUCUUGCGGAAGAGUUAUGGAUCCUAGCUGAUCCGACAAAGCUUCCAGGUGGAACUGUGCUAUAA